GAACGCGCGGCCAUGUUGAAUUGUCAAUAUUUCGAAAGAAGAGACAAAAGAGCGAAAACUCGAUGGAUUUCUUGAAACAGCAAGUAUUUACCGAACUUAAUUAAACCGUCGACGAAACGUUAAGCAACGACACAACAAGGAGAAACUGUGUGGAAGUAGCAAAGUGAAGCUAGCAUCGCCUCUCAGGUAACUUGGAUUUUUCUGUUGAGCUGCAAUUCCCAAAGCACUUUGCAGACGAUCAUCUCAACAUUUGCCACUGACCUAAAGAAACCCGGAACAGGAUUACCACAGACAUUUUGAGUGGACCGUCCCAUGUUUUAGGACAACAUUGCUGGAGUGACUUUUUGAGCCAGUAUCGAGCCCCAGCAAAAAACAUUUGAAGACUUUUGAUGACAAAGAAACGAAUCAUAAGAAUAGUCUUGAGACGUGACCAAGCAGAAUAUAUUUUACUACUGGCCAAUUUGAAUGUACAGACAUAGCACUUGGAUUUAAAAAGCCAAGAUACUCAGAAGAACACAAAAAGAUCAUUCUGAAUUAUACAGCCAGGAUAAAAGUACUGAAAAACUAUUUUGAAAAGAAAAGAGUUUGUUUUGGUCACAUGCUUGAUUUAUUUAUUCAUAUGAAUGUUAAUUUCUCCCUUUUUUGGAGAGUUGUCUUGUAAAUAGACAUAAUUCAUACGCAGACCUCUAAUUUUCAAGAGGUCUUAACGUCAGAUUGUGUACGCAAUACAUUCUUUAAAAAUCAUCAGACGAGUUAUUUUUUCAGCUUUUAGUUGUUUUUUUUUUACACACGGGUGGGCAAAUAAAACACAUUGAAGCAAAAUUGCCAGUGAAUGUUGAUCUGUUGAUGCAAUGGCUACAGCAAGAACAGCAAACCCAAUGAUUGGAUUGAACAAACCAGCAAAUGGGCAGCUCAAAGGACAGAUGGGACUCCUUUCGGGUGUCCAGCAGUCGUCUGCCCUCCAGAAGAAGACCAGCAUUCCUCAGAGCAGCGGGGGCAUCAAAUUUGGUGAUGACUGGAAGAAGUGCCUGGACCUGCCUCCGAAGGACUGCAGGAUGAGAACUUCGGAUGUGACAUCAACUAAGGGAAAUGAAUUUGAAGACUACUGCCUAAAGCGCGAACUGCUUAUGGGCAUCUUUGAAAUGGGAUGGGAGAAACCGUCCCCUGUCCAGGAGGAGAGUAUUCCCAUCGCUCUGUCAGGCAGAGAUAUUUUGGCUCGUGCUAAGAAUGGCACAGGAAAAAGUGGAGCCUACCUCAUCCCUCUGCUGGAGAGGAUAGACCUGAAGAAGGAUCACAUUCAGGCCAUAGUAAUGGUGCCAACAAGAGAGCUGGCCCUGCAGAUGAGCCAGAUCAGCAUCCAGCUCAGCAAGCACCUCGGUGGUGUCAAGGUGAUGGCGACCACGGGUGGCACCAACCUAAGGGACGACAUCAUGCGUCUUGAUGAGACAGUGCAUGUAGUGAUUGCUACACCAGGCAGGAUCCUCGACCUGAUCAAGAAGGGCGUGGCAAAAAUGGACAGAGCCCAACUGAUUGUGAUGGAUGAGGCAGAUAAGCUGCUGUCCCAGGACUUUGUGGUCCUGAUUGAAGAUAUCAUCAGCUUCAUGCCAAAGGACCGUCAGAUCUUGCUUUACUCUGCCACAUUCCCCAUCAGUGUGCAAAAAUUCAUGAGCAAGCACCUGUCGAAGCCGUAUGAGAUCAACCUGAUGGAGGAACUGACCUUGAAGGGCAUCACUCAGUACUACGCUUAUGUGACUGAAAGACAAAAGGUCCACUGUCUCAACACACUCUUUUCUAGGCUUCAGAUCAAUCAGUCCAUCAUCUUCUGUAACUCCACCCAGCGGGUUGAGCUUCUGGCCAAGAAAAUCACCCAGCUGGGAUACUCGUGCUUCUACAUCCAUGCAAAGAUGAUGCAGGAGUACAGGAACCGUGUGUUCCACGACUUCAGGAAUGGAUUGUGCAGAAACCUGGUCUGCACAGAUCUGUUUACUCGGGGAAUUGACAUCCAGGCAGUGAACGUGGUCAUCAACUUUGACUUCCCUAAAAAUGCAGAGACCUACCUGCAUCGCAUCGGCAGAUCAGGGCGCUUUGGUCACCUGGGUCUGGCCAUCAACCUGAUCACUUCAGAGGACCGCUACAACCUAAAGAACAUUGAGGAUCAACUGGUCACUGACAUCAAGCCCAUCCCCAGCUGCAUUGAUAAGAGCCUGUAUGUGGCCGAGUUUCACUCUGUGGACCCCGAUGCCGAAGACGACGAACUUGAGAUCGGGGGCCGAAACAAGGAACUGGGAGGAAUCUGAGUAAAGGGAGAAUCAAGGCGACUGGCACUCAUCACACAAUAUUGGCUAUGCAUCACACAAGAUUCCAAGUGAUGACUUCUGUUCCCCGUUUUGCCACCAAGAUGGUCUUUUUUGAUUUUGAUUUAUUUUCACUCCAGUUCGAGUUUCCAGCUAUCUCCAGUUUUGUCUGUGCACACUUUAAGGUAAACUGCCACUUCAAUCAGUUGAACUCUCAGCCCCGCUGACAGAGAUGGACAUGUGAUAUGGGCUGUUGUCGUUGUCUGUUAUUGAAAUCAGCCACUCAACUAUAGAUGAAAGUUUUCAUGAACAACUUUUUUUUGUACUUUGCUUUGAGAAUGAAAAUGUGAAACCAAAGGUAGACCUGGAGCCAUAGAGCCUGCUCACAUUCUCUCUGUGCAGAUGAACUACAUAUGGCAGUGUGCACAUCCUGCAGACAUGCCCUUGACCAGAGGCUUUGGGAACCCCUUUUUAUUAACAAUUUACACUCAGUGGCUACUUUAUUUGAUACACCUGACUUGAUGGCAGGGAGGUUCUGGCAACAUUCCUCAAGAGAUUGGUUCAUGUUGACAUGACGGCCUCAUGCUGUUGCUGCAGAUUGGUCCCACUCGUGCUGUAGAUUGUUUAACCUUCUCUUAAAAGUGCUCUGUUGAAUUGAGAUCUUGUGACUGCGGGAGGCCAUUUAGCUCGGCUCUUGUUUGAAAUGUCGUGGUCUUUGUUGAGGCAAGGGAUCCAUAAAAGAAAUGGCCAUUAGAAGAAGGGUAAACUGGCCAUAAUGAGAUGGACGUAGACGACAACAUUUAGAGAAGACUUUGUCAUAAAGAAAGUUAGAAUUACUUUCAUCCGAAAUGUUUGUUUCAUGGGUUCGCCAAAUCUGACCCUACUAUCUGAAUGGCAAGGCAGCACUUUUCCAAUCGGCUGCUUUGCAAUGCCGGUGAACCGGUCUCGUCGAGCCGCAGUUUUCUUUGUUAGCAUACCUCUGUUACACAUGGUUAUUUGUUACUGGCGGCUUGAACCGGUCCUUCCACUCUCCUCUGACCUUUCAUGAAUAAGACAAUUUGGCUGUCACAGAUGCCACUCGUUGAUAUGUGUGAAAUCCCCGGAGGUUAGUACCAACAAUCAUUCCACAUUCACUUUUCUUCUCCUAUCAUAUUUGGUCCCGACAACUUAACUGUUUGACCAUACUUAUGCAUUGAGUGGCUGAUUUAGAUAUUUACAUGUAGGAGUUGGUUUACCUAAUAACGUUGCCACUGAAUGUUUUUCUUUUGUAACUUUGGUCGUCAUUCCAGUUGGUUAUUAUAGCAUUUCCCCGAAAAAUGUUCUGCAGUCAUUUAGGGAUGCAGUGGUUAAAAAAAAAAGCAGAGACUUUCCACUUCCAUAGUUUAACCAAUUUUUGUUUCAAAAGGGAACCAAAGCAGGAAGAAUAGACAAAGAUUCAAAAAGAAAAGAUAUUGCUUCAGAAACCAAAACGACCACUCUGCUGAGUGAUGUUUUAAAGAGGGCUGAUAUGAUGCUGCAGGCGAGCACCUGUGACAUUGUUGAGUGAAAUGGCUACUUUUUUUAUAUUAAAGUGUUUACUGCCGAGAAAAGGAGGUUCAAAGAUGGCGGCAGUGUAAUGUCAGUGAUAAUGGCGCGUUUUGUAGAAGCACAGAUCAAAUUAUGACAAGUCAGUAUUUGUUUCUUUGAUCCCUUUUUAAAAAAUCCAUAGACAGCCUUUUUCUGGUUUUGAGGUCAUUGGUAAUGAACAGGACGAGAGGGGCCUUAGUUAACUCGAUGAAACCAGCCAACUGCUUCGGUCUUUUCAAUGUCGAUACUGUGUACCUUCUUCCCUCCAAAGUGCCUUAAAGGGCCAGUGAGUAGAAUUUUUAAGGGGAAUUGUUCGCACAAAUGGAAUAUAAUAUUCAUACCUAUGUUUUUGUUUGACUAGUAUCUACAUAGGAAGUUGGUCCUCUUGGAACAGGAGGGGUACUCAGUCGGUUGAAUCUGUAACCCCGUAGCCAGAUGGCGUCAAAUCCUACACACUGUCCCUUUAAUCAAACGUCUAACCUCUAUUUUGCCCAGACUCUUGAACAAAGGUUGAAUUGUAGGUAAAUCGGCACCCUAUUAGUUUCAGUAUGUUUUUGCAGAAAGGAUUUUUCAGUUUCUCCUUCCUAAAGAAAUGUAUUUGUCUAAAGACAGAAUUGUAAAUAUGACCAGCUGUCUGAAUAUAUUAUAUACUCCUUGACUUUAGCACAAUGUUUCGAACGAUGCAGUUAAGAUUGAAAACGAAUACUUUUUUUAUUGAUUCCUUUGCUGACAAUUGCAUUACUGCUAAGCACCAGCAGAGAAGGCCCCAUGUGUGCCCAUCUCCUAAAGCUUCUGAAGUAGUAAUUGGCAUUAACUUGCUGCAUGUCUGAUUCUGCAGUUCCCUUGUUUUUGGUUCCCCAUUUUUAUUUUUUUUACCUCGUUGCAGGCAACUCUUCAUUUCAUGACCAUUUUAUGGGUUUGUAACCUGAAACCAUUUUGUUCCAAACUGUAUUCUGAGAAAAUAAUAUCUUAAUGACUUGAUGACCAGACCAGCUUUAAGUGAAGAAAACAGACAACCAUUUUUCUGUUAAUUGUGUCGAUGCCAGCGCCUCAAACAAAUAAAAACUCCCAACUGACUAA